GGCUUUAGAAAGAACAAAAGGACGAGAAAUGGGUCGUGCAGUGCAGGAGGACAGGCCAUCUGGCACUGCCAAGGGCCACCCUUUAUGGCAGAGGAAGGAAGCUGGUGCGGCAGACGGUACCCGGAGGGUGUCUGGCGUGAUGACACGUGCCCAGAAGAGGAAGGCGUGCCUGGAAGAGUCCAGGAACGAUGAUGGUGGUUUACCUUCACGUGGUGGGGCGACGAUCGCCCAUCUCGCGGGAAGAUGGCCAGGGUCAAACAAGGUUGCAAGGAUAUGUCCGCCUGACCCCAGCUCCAGACCCAGCUUUAUGGAGGAGGCUGGCAAUUUUGACGGCGGGGACUGUGAGGAGCACUGCUACCCCGACAAACCGGGCAGCCGACCCCAACCCGAUGGAGCUUGCGAGAACCGAGGUCCCACAGCGGAUGUGGGACGGCAGAAGGAAGGUCUCAGACUGCCCGCCGACAAAACGGUGAACGAACCCCGCGCUGCUGCCAUGUCGGCAGCAGCUGAUCGGCAGCAAGCGUGUCCUCGUCGUCGAGGACCAAGCCUUUCAGAGCCGGGAAAGAAGGGAUUGGCUAAUGAGCAGAGGGCAAGGGCUGCCUCCUCUUUCCCGCCGCCUUCUCGACUCGCGCCAUCGAGAGAUGAGUACAACUGUCGUGCCGCAGGAGCCCGAGGCGGCCCUAGAUUGGCUCCAGGGUUGUCUCUGCACGAUCAGAUGUCCAAUACGAGGAAAUCAAGGAGUGAUGGGGGUUGUCAAACUGGAGAUGCUGAUCGACGACUGAGAUUGCGCUCGGAUGACGCAAAGGAAGGUGCUGGAAUCGGUGGCAAAGAGGGCACUAGGAAAAGCCUACGGCCGGCAAAGAGCGCACCUGUGGUAGAAGUCGGUUGUAAUCCUGCGCCUAACUUGCAGGAGGUACGGCAAAGUGAUGCGACCACGCAGGUGAGGAUGUCUUGCAUGGCUGGCGCAGCUGUCUAUGGUGGGCAAAGAGAUGCCACCGCGCAAGCGAGGAGGUCUGGCGUUGAUGGCACAGCUGCUGGCAAUGGCGGAGGUCUGAGAACAAGGCAAGGAGUAUACCCACCACUGAGGGCAAUGAUUGGCAAAUGGUCAUCAUCGGGUCAGCAACAGAGAGGGAUCCCAACGCAUGCUCAAGGCCUAGGCACCAAUGCGACCGGUACUACUAAUCGCCGUCCGAUCGCCACAGAGUCCAAGAAGGGUCAUGGCGUAUAUGAUGAGGACAUUUUUCAAAAUCUUCUUCUGAGGGAGAAGGGUAGGCGUUGUCCCGGUUACCUCGGUACUUCACAGCCAGAUAUUCACUCAGGCCAUCGGAAAGUGCUCGUGAAUUGGCUAGUCGAGUUCUCCGAGGAGUUUGGACUUCAGAUUGACACUGUGUUUCGCGGAGUUGCAAUCAUGGAUCGCUGCCUGGCAGACGGGCCUGCGAUUCGUCGACAGAAGCUACAGCUCCUGGGAGUCGCAAGUAUGCUUGUAGCGUCUAAGUAUGAAGAGACAAAGACUCCCACGAUGAUUCUUAAAGACAGCUGUGAGGUGACGGAUCCGACAUUCACACCGUCGCUAAUACUGAAGAUGGAAGCGACGGUGCUCAAAAUUCUUCACUUUGACUGUGCUAUGCCGACAGUGAUGACUUUCUUGUGGCACUUUCUGAGAGCUGCAAAGGCAGACAAGAGAAUGGAGCGAACUGCGGAGCACAUCGCAUGCCUCUCGAUGCUGGACGAUGGACUACUCGCUUCCCCUCCUUCGCUUAUUGCUGCCGCGGUUGUGUUCUUGGCAUCGCAUACACUUAUGAGGGAGCCAUGGAGCAAGUCGAUGACGGACUGGUCGGGCUAUUCUGCUUCGGACCUCAGGCAGUGCGUUGAGCGUUUGCAUGCGGCGCAGAUGGACAAGGAAGUUCGAACCGGCAUCCUGACUGCCAUUUGGGACAAGUAUUCAGCUGCGGACCAUUUGAGCGUCGCUCUUUUGCCUCCAUCGAAGAGUUUGCCUGCUUGUCUGUAUAAAAAGGAUGAGGACCUAUCCGCCAAGGCCAACAAGAGAUAACAGUUUUCAACAAUGAUCGCACGAUGACGUGGCUUGUCGCAACUCUUGAAUGGUUUUUGGUGUGUAAGCGAAAACUCCACCUUCCUGAAGGGGGGGGGGAAGGGGUUGGAUCUGUCAGCUCUAUCAUUCUGCGCAAUUGGGUCGGCGUAGAGUCGGCGAGCAGCCGUGGAAACAACCGCCGGCGGGGAAAAUUUGUACGUGUAAUCUUUACCCUCCCAGUGUAGGCAAUGACAUGUGUGCAUAAUGCGCGCAAUGUUAUGUAUGUGUUCUGAAUCUGGAUCCUUUUUUGGCAGAAAGAGGAAAAGUGUCUUUAGGUGCAGAUAUACGAAGGCGAGGCGAAGGAUUUGCAUGCAUGCGAGUGUGAUAGAAUAUGCUCGAAAUAUGAAUGAAAUUCAUGAAAUGUA